CAUUGGCUGCCACGUAGCUCCAGUCAAAUACUUCAUUCCGAUCCCAGCAUUUCAUUUGCGCGUUUCCGCUUUUCAUUAAUUGCUUGCUUUUACUAUUUUAUUCGUUCAAAAAUUUCAACCAUAUGAAUACGAAUGAAUGAAUGCAUGUCAUGUCUAUGUCUAUCAUUCAAGGUUUUAGUCAAACCCCAGAGUCGUAAAUUCUCAGCGACUUUUCCUCUUUAUACCUCCCUAUUCCCUACUCCCUACCAUUUCUAAUCUCCGUUUCUGUAAAUAGCUACGCAUCCAUUUUCAAAUUCUCUUAUUAUUUAUUCAAUCCAACCACCGUGCUCGUUUCUGGAAAUUCAAACUUGUUUAUCUUUUGCGCAGGGGUUGCCUUUUCAUUUGCUGUAUUCUGUUGCGUUGCAUUUUUUUAUUUUUUUUUAUUUUUUUAUUUUUCUGGUCCUUGCUAACCUUUUGAGCAAGAUAAUGGGAGCGGUUUGUUCGGCUGGUAUGGUGGAGAAAAAUGCUGAACUCGGAGGGAAGAGUUCGGGCUUUUCUGGGAAGCUUAAGAAGGAAAAUAACUAUGUGAAUCGGGGAGAAAUUUUUUCAGAUUCACGGUCUAAUACUGGUGCUCAAGGUAAAAAGCAAAAGAAGCGCGACACUGAAUUUUCGCAUGAACUGGGUUUAUCGACUCCUACUUCAACUGGGGGAAAACAGGUGAACCAUAGGGGUUCUUUUCUGGGAAAAGCUAGCGAGAGGGCAGUGGAAGUUCUGGACACACUUGGGAGUGGCAUGCCAAAGUUAAACACUAGUAGUGGGUUUGUCUCUGGCACGACUUCUAGAGGGAAGAAAAUAUCAGUAUUGGCAUUUGAAGUUGCUAAUACAAUAACCAAAGGAACAAUUUUGCUUCAAUCACUUUCUGAGGAGAACAUUCAGUUCCUUAAAAUGGAGGUUUUACAAUCUGAAGGGGUUCAGCUACUAGUUUCCACUGAUAUGAAGGAGCUAAUUAGCCUGGCUGAGGCUGACAAAAGGGAAGAGUUCAAUGUCUUCUCACGGGAAGUGGCUAGAUUUGGAAAUAUGUGUAAAGAUCCACAGUGGCACAACCUAGAUCGAUAUUUCUCAAGAUUACACUUGGAUGCCCCGGGUGACAAACAAUAUAAGGUAGAGGCAGAAAAGACAAUGCAGGAGUUUACCAGCCUAACUCGGCAUACUGCUGAACUGUACCAUGAAUUAAAUGCUUAUGAACGUUUUGAACAAGAUUAUUUGCAAAAGAUUAAGGAGAUGGAGUCCUUAAAUCUUCCUCUAAAAGGGGAGAGUAUUACAAUGUUUCAAAGCGAGCUAAAACACCAAAGAAAGUUUGUUAGGAGCUUGAAAAAGAAGUCUCUUUGGACAAGAAAUUUGGAGGAGAUAGUUGAAAAGCUCGUUGAUAUUGUUAUCUAUAUACAUCAAGCAAUUUAUGAGUUCCUUGGAAACCAUGGUACAUCUGCAACCAAGUUCAGUGAGGGUCCUGAAAGACUAGGAGAAGCCGGUCUUGCGCUGCACUAUGCUAACAUCAUCAAUCAGAUAAAUAUGAUUGCAUCUCGCCCAACUGCUCUUCCUCCAAACACAAGAGACACAUUGUAUCAUGGUUUGCCCAAUAAUAUCAAGACUGCUCUUCCAUCCCAGUUACAAACCAUUGCUGAUAUGAAAGAGCUCUCCAUCACUCAGAUCAAAGCUGAAAUCGAUAAGAUUCUCCAGUGGCUUGUACCAUUUGCGACAAAUACAGUCAAAGCACAUCAAGGUUUUGGAUGGGUUGGCGAAUGGGCAAACACAAGUAAUGACUUUGGCGAUGACACCUCCACAGAAAGUAAUCUGAUUCGCCUGCAGACACUUUAUUAUGCAGAUAAGAGAAAGAUAGAUAUUUACAUCAUUGAGUUGUUGGCAUGGCUUCACCAUUUGAUUAGCUUUGUAAAAUCUAGACAAAAUACAUUGAGACCAAUGCCUAUAAGGUCUCCUCCUAAGGGACUAGAACUUCAGUCUAAGAUGCGACAGUUUUUAAUUCUGUCUGUGGAUAGUAGCAACAAGCCGUUGGGAUCUCAAAUUUCCCAGGAGGAUAGGAAAUUAUUGGAGGAGGUAAUUGCAAGGAGAAAGAACCCAGGACUUAGCAAAAGCGAGGAUCUUGGUUUGGCCAAGAAAAGACAAAUCAAGGACUCUCAUGUGGCCAAAAGUGCUGGGAGUUCGCCUGCUGGGGAAUUCUUUGGUGCAAGACUCGUCUUUAAACCCCAAAACCAUAACGUUUUGGAUAUUAUGGAUGGGUUGGGUUACUGAAAUCUUCAUCUACACUCUCAGGGGUUCUCGCCUCUUGCUCUGUUUUUUCUGUUAGAAUUCUUCCUAGUCCAUUUUCUUGCUUGGAUAAUAGUCAUCAUUCAUUUCUAUACAAUUAUAGUUAUGUAUAUAUCUAUAUAAACAACUAACACCUGAUUUUUUUAACUUACAAUUUAUUUUUUGUACAGAGAAUGAGGGAAAUAGUUGAAUUCCUGUUGUUCAAUUUAUUAUUAUUUUUUGGUGAAUACAUUGUUCUCCAGUCUCCAAUUUUGUUGUUACCAGAUGCAGUUUACCUGUU